AUGGCCGCCGUCCACCCCUUUGACCCCCUAUCCCCUCGGGAAAUUGCAAAGGCUGCCGAGAUCGUUCGCGGAGCAUUCGAUGGACAUCAUCUCAAUUUCAGGGUGAUCACUCUCCAAGAGCCGCCUAAGCAGCAGAUGAUUGCUUUCCUUGAGAAAGAGCGUCUUAGAGAGGCCCAAACCUCGCGACCUCCCCGAGCUGCAAGAGUCCAAGUCACUGUUCCAUCUACGUCGAGAUCGUAUGAGUUAGUUGAGCUUCUCGUGGAUCUCGAUUCCACAAAGCUCAUAAGACAGGAACACUUGGCAGGGAAGCACCCCUACAUCGACAGCGCGUACAUGCAAGCCGUUGAGAAAGCUUGCAGAGAGAAUGCAAGAGUCCAAGCGGAGAUUCAAAAGCUCAAAUUACCAGCGGGCGCCUCUGUCGUUAUUGAACCUUGGGCUUAUGCUACUGAUGGUAUGAAGGAUAUGUCCGAGCGGACGACUAUGUGUUGGUUCUAUAUGCGUCUUUUUGACCACCCCGAUGCAAACUUCUAUGCAUACCCACUUGAUCUCUGCGCUGAAGUAUCGGAGAAACUUGAAGUUACUCAAAUUUACCACUUACCAUCCUCCGAAAAAGAGUCGAUCCGUGGACAUGCACGCCCCUACGACCGUGGCAAAGUUCACUCUUCUGAAUUGAGCGAGUACCACCCUGAUUUGCGACCCCCGCCGCGCACAACUACAAAGCCCUACCAGGUUAUCCAGCCAGAAGGUCCGUCGUUUCAAAUUACCGGAAAUCUGCUCAGCUGGGAAAAGUGGACCAUGCGCGUGGGUUUCAAUUACCGCGAGGGCUUGACACUCCAUGAUAUUCGCUAUGAGGACCGAAGUCUAUUUUACCGUCUAUCUUUGUCGGAGAUGUUUGUACCGUACGGUGAUCCACGAUCUCCGUAUCCCCGUAAAGCAGCAUUUGAUCUUGGGAAUGAUGGUGCUGGUCUAAAUGCAAACAAUUUACGCCUUGGCUGUGACUGCCUUGGUCUGAUCAAGUACUUCGAUGGUUGGCACAACACUGCCUCCGGUGAGCCGCUGAAGCUUCCGAAUGUGGUCUGCUGCCAUGAACAGGAUGACGGUAUUUUGUGGAAGCAUACAAAUCACCGGACACAGAAUGCCGUGGUAACUCGCUCGAGGAUCCUCGUGCUGCAGACGAUCAUCACGGUCAGCAACUACGAAUAUAUAUUUGCAUUCCACUUCGGCCAAGACGCUUCGAUCCAUUAUGAAGUGCGAGCCACCGGCAUUCUGUCAACCUGCCCAAUCAACACCAAUGACAAGGUUGGCUACGGCACGAUCGUUGCACCCGGUGUCCUUGCACCAUACCACCAGCAUCUCUUCUCUCUACGAAUCGAUCCUGCAAUUGAUGGAAAUGAGAACUCGUUACAGGUCGAGGAAUCUCACCCUAUACCGAACGUCCACAAUCCCUUCGGUGUUGGCUAUACAACCAAGUCAAAGAUCAUAACCGAAGAGGGUGGCCAUGAUCUGGAUUUUGCGACAAACCGCACUUUCAAAAUUGUCAACGAAAACAAGGUCAACCCCAUCACCGGAACACCAGUCGGGUUCAAGCUAUUCCCAUGCUACAGCCAGAUGUUACUCGCCCACCCGCAAUCAUACCAUUCCAAGCGAUCUGAAUUUGGUAGUCAUGCCAUCUGGGUGACUCGUUACCAGGAUGACGAGCUCUUCCCAGCUGGUCGGCACACAAUGCAGUCAUUAGGCGGCGAAGGAAUCAAGUCUAUGAUUGAGCAGCGCAAGGAAGAUCCCGAUGGAAAUUCAAAUGUGCGCAAUGAGGAUAUUGUCGUCUGGCACACAUUCGGGUCUACGCAUAACCCUCGCAUCGAGGAUUGGCCCGUCAUGCCCUCCGAGAAGAUGGUCGUUGGCUUGAAACCUAUCAACUUCUUCACGGGAAACCCCAGUCUGGAUGUCGCGGUCUCAAGUCAAGAGAAGAACCGAAGUGUUUUGGUUGAGGAUGCUCCAGCAUGCAAGUCGGUUGCUUGCUCGCGUUUGUAG